AUGGGAAGGAGACAAGAUACAAAGAAAAGAGAGGCACCGAAAGCUGCAUCGAAGAAAAAAGAUGCUGCUGGAGGAUACGGGAAAACAGACCGGAUCUCAGCGGAAGCCCUGGGUUUCCAGAUUAGGACUGGUCCAGAUGCCCCAAGCAAGACCGGUGCGAGCAUGGAUAUCGAGGUCAGUGAGAUCGUCGUGUUCGCCGGGAAGCAGGAGCUGCUGUACAAUGCAACGCUCAGACUAACCCAGGGCCACAAGUACGGUCUGAUCGGUCGGAACGGCGUCGGCAAGAGCACGCUCCUCCGUGCCAUGGCAGAGCGCGAUGGACGGGUUCCAAUUCCACAGCAUUUCAUGAUCAUGCACGUGGAGCAGGAAAUCAAGGGUGAUGACACUCCAGUUUUGCAGAGCGUCCUGCAGGCUGACCAGGAGCGAGAGUGGCUGCUCAAAGUGGAGCAGGAAUUGCUAGACAAGGAGGAUGACGGCACCGGACAGGAGCCCAAGGUAGCGGGUGUUGGACUGAUGGAGGUCUACGAGAGAUUAGAGGAGCUGGGCAACGAAGAUGCCGAGGCUCGCGCGGCGGUGAUCUUGGCCGGCCUGGGCUUCACUGGUGAGGACCAGCAGCGGCCAACCAAAGAGUUUAGCGGAGGCUGGCGCAUGCGAAUCGCGCUAGCGCAAUCCCUCUUCGUCCAGCCAGACCUUCUGCUGCUCGACGAGCCCACCAAUCACUUAGAUGUGCAUGCUGUGACCUGGCUGGAGGAGUUCCUGAAGAAUUGGGAGAAGACUGUUGUGAUCGUCUCCCAUGACAGGUGCUUCCUGAACAGCACCACUUCACACACGAUUUUCUUGCACCGCAAGAGGCUUUGGUACUACGGCGGCAACUAUGAGACGUUCCUCCGAGUCCGAGCCGAGCAGCGGACAAAUCAGGAGGCCAUUGCUCAGCAGCAGCAAAGAAAAGUCGCGCACCUGAAGCAGUUCAUCCAACGCUUUGGACAGGGUCACAAGAAAAUGGCCAAGCAGGCACAGAGUCGAAUGAAGAUGCUGACCAAGCUACAAGAAGAAGCAGUGGCAGUAGACUUUGACGACCCGUACUUGCAGCUGGACUUUCCAGCUGCGGCGUCUUUGCCGCCCCCUUGCAUCUCCGUCAUCGAGGCCGCAUUUGGCUAUACGCCAGAUCGAAUACUUUACGAGGAUCUCGAUUUCGGCGUCGACUGCGACUCGCGGGUUGCAAUCGUGGGGCCAAACGGUGCAGGAAAGUCUACGUUCCUCAAGUUGCUGGAUGGUUCUCUGGAGCCAACCAAAGGCUUUGUCAGGAGACAUGCAAAGCUUCAUCUGGCUAGGUUUACACAGCAUCACAUUGAGAUGAUGGAUCCAGAUUCCGAUGCCGUUACCCACAUGCGCAAGCUGGGCUCUGGUGGCAUCAAGGAGGAUGGGACCAGCGAGGUCACCAUUGAGGAGGCACGAAAAUACCUUGGCCGUUUCGGCCUGCACGGAGACCUUGCGCUCCAGCCGGUAAAGUUCCUGAGUGGUGGCCAAAAGAGCCGCCUGGCAUUCGCGGAACUUGCUUGGAGCGCUCCUCACAUUAUGCUCCUGGAUGAGCCGACGAACCAUUUGGACCUCGAAACAAUCGAGGGCCUGGCUAUGGCUCUGAACAAAUUCGAGGGAGGCGUCGUGCUGGUGAGCCACGAUGACCGGCUAGUUUCCAUGGUGGCAGAUGAGCUCUGGGUGGUGACGCCUGGUAAGUCGAAGGACGUGCCUGGAAAGGUCACCGUCUUCGAGGGCUCCUUUGAGGAGUAUCGAGAAAUGCUCCGCAGUGACUUCAUCAACAAGAAUCUCACAAGUGGCGGCCGCAUCAAGCGAGCUUCCUAA